UUUUGCCGUUGACAGCAUCAGAAAAGAACAGAGAGUUUCUUUACAUUCCUACGAUGCCAAUUUCUUUGAAAAAUUGGACCUCUUUCCCAUAAAAAAAUAUACCUAAGAACUGCUUCAAUCCACCGUUCGUAGUUUGUCCGGACGCGGGAAAAUGGACACUAGCCAGCAUCAUAUCCAAAGCUCAGCCUGAAACUUAAGCUUAACUUCCUUUCGGACCGACCGACAGAUGACAUGAGCGACCUUCUCAGACCGAUUCUUCGGGAAGGAACUCCAUUCCAUUUCCGGCAGAUGCUCUCCUCCUACACCUUCCUCUCGCCAAGCCUCGCUCCACUCGACACGCCCGUCUCCCUCCUCCGCCGGACGCCUCAAACCCCAAGGCGCCGCCUUUCCUCGAAAGCAAGAACCGGCGGCGGCGGAAGAUUCCGCUCUUCGUGCUCCAAGUACCUGUCUUCGGCGUCGGAAUGUUGCUUUUCCAGCAGUGUCCCGUGCUCCCGAGAAAACCCAGAUGGCGAUUCGCGCGGUGGCCCCUCUGGCGCUCAAUGCAUGAACGAUGGUCUUCUCGCUUCUUGGCUGCAGUCGUGUUCUAGCGUCAGAGACGUUCAAAAGGUUCAAGCUUUGGUUUUGAAGUGUUCAGGAGCCGGUGCUGCUUACGUUAAUAAUAAUCUGAUGUCUGCGUACUUGAGAUAUGCGAGAUUGGACGAGGUCAGGAAGGUGUUUGACGAAAUGCCUGAGAGGAAUGUGGUCAGUUGGACUACCGUGAUUAACGCGUGCGUUCGGUUUGGCUUGGACAGCGAGGCUCUGAGGUUGUUUCUUGAUGCUCUCGGGGUUGGGGUCCGAGCAAACUGCAAGACGUACGUGUGUGUCCUGAAUUUGUGUAGCAGGGGGUUAGAUUUGCAGCUCGGGAAACAGGUUCAUGCCUGCAUAAUCAAGAAUGAGCAGAGAAACUUGAUCGUCGAGAGUGCUAUAGUUCAUUUCUAUGCGCAGUGCGGGAUGCUUGAUAGCGCAUUCUGUGCAUUUGACCGGAUGGAUGAGCAUGAUGUGGUGUCUUGGACAACAAUAAUCACUGCUUGUUCCCAACUAGGACAUGAAAAAGAGGCCUUUUCAAUGUUUGGGCAAAUGUUAAGGGAUGAAUUAUUGCCUAAUGAGCAUACUGUGUGUAGCAUUUUGAAUGUCUGCGGCGAGGAGAAGGCAUUGAAAUUUGGGAGACAGUUACACUGCAUCACAUUUAAAAAGAUGAUCAAGAAUGAUAUUUUUGUGUGGACAUCUUUAGUGGAUAUGUAUGCAAAAUGUGGGGAGAUAGUAGAUUCAAGAAAAGUAUUUGAUGGAAUGAAGCAUAGAAACACAGUGACAUGGACAACCAUGAUAGCUGGAUAUGCUCGGAAUUGGCUCGGUGAGGAGGCCAUAAACCUUUUCAGGGAGAUGAAGAGAAGGAAUAUAUUUGCUAAUAACCUCACCAUUGUAAGUAUUCUCCUAGCUUGUGGUUCAAUCAAGAAGUUAGAGUUGGGAAGGGAAGUUCAUGCACAGAUUCUCAAGAAAUCUGUUCAAACUAAUGUCCACAUUGGAAGCACCCUUGUAUGGUUGUACUGUAAAUACGGAAAGUAUUCAACUGCCUCCAAUGUCCUCCGCCAGAUGCCGUUCAGAGAUGUUGUCUCUUGGACGGCGUUAAUAUCUGGCUGCGCACAUCUCGGGCUGGGAGCAGAAGCACUUGAGCGCUUGAAAGAUAUGUUGGAUGAAGGUGUGGAGCCCAAUGCGUUCACGUAUUCUUCAGCACUAAAGGCAUGUGCUAAGCUAGAAAAUCUUUUACAAGGAAAGUUACUUCACUCCUCCGCAAACAAGACUCCCGCCUUGUCUAAUGUGUUUGUUGGGAGUGCAUUAAUUCAUAUGUAUGCAAAAUGUGGAUACCUAGCAGAGGCAUCUCAAGUUUUUGACAGCAUGCCGCAGCGUAAUUUGGUAACAUGGAAGGCUAUGAUAAUGGGCUAUGCAAGGAAAGGUCAUUGCCGAGAGGCUUUAAAGCUCAUGUAUCGGAUGAGAGCAGAAGGUAUUGAGGUGGAUGAUUAUGUACUCUCCACGGUUAUCACUGCAUGUGGAGAUUUGGAGUGGGACAAUGAAACUUCAUCAGAAUAUUGCUUGCAGUCUAGUUGACAUUUCAGCUCUUAAUGCGGUUUCCAUGGAAACCAAUUGUACAUGAAGUAGUCAUUGGCUCAGGGAUGGGGAUAACUAUACAAUCAUUGGCUCACAAAUAGAUGAUAUAACUGUUAAAGUAACGUUGCCUGGGAGGAAUAGAAAGUCUGCCAGGAAGGUUGAUUGACCUGA